AUGUCGACUAUUAAACGUCAGCAGGAAAUUACUCAGCUUACACCAGGACGUAACCUCUCGCAAAAAGCAGCUGCAUCUCAGCCUUCUACUCCUCGUACAAAUCCUAAUGAGGAGCCAUUGUUGCCUAAUUGGAGCAUCCAGCCCGACCAAAACAUUGUUCAAAAAAAAGCAUACCUUGUAGACAGCGUAACUGCAGGUCAAUUGGACACAGGCUCUAACCAGUCACAGCUGGAGGUUAAAAAACGAACUACCCUGGAUACUAAAGAAUCGGCAGCAGGUCAAGAAAUUCCAGCUGACGCGACGUCAAGUAACCCACAUGAAGGUAUCGAUAUGACUGAUGCCAUGGGAAAGCCUAGAAUGAGUAGUGGAGGUGGUUGUCCAGUCAUGCGCAUGUCGUCUGGUCAAACUCGCGAGGGAGACUUUUCAUAUGGCAACCAAGUCUCUAGAUCCGUUGCUGACCAGUUUCGAAACGAAUUUAACGAGAAGAACAGGUCAUUGUAUGAUAGCCUGCGCAACGAGUGCGAGCGUAUCGAGGCAAAUUAUUUAGAAGCUGAGCGCGAAGUAGAAAAGACCGACGACAUUGCGUUUUUGAUGAGUCGCCAUGAAACUGAAGUCUCAAACCUUAUAAAUGCACAGAAUGCAGAAAUGAAACAAAGAAACGAAAAUUUUGAAAAAAUGAUGGCUGCUCGAAAAGACCGAAAGCAGAGCAAACGUAUCCAGCGUGCUACGAUCCGCCAAACUAAAUGCCGUGACAUGACCAUACUUCGACAAGAGGCUGCGUCUCAGGCUGCUCUUUCUGUUCGUAAGGCUCUUUCUGAAAGACGCGAAGCGUUUGAAUUGCUGGUUGCCCACAUGGAGACCACCCACGAGAAACAGCGCAAACAGCAAUCGGCUACACAGGAACGCAAGAUUUCAUAUGAAAGAAUGCUUAAUGAUUUAGAAACCAAACAUCUACAGGAAGAAGUUAGGAAUACCUUGAUCAAAAAGUUUCAAGUUCGCCAAUCUCAUCAAAUGGCUCUCAAUAAGCGAAUCAAUGAUCAGCUUCGAGAACUACAGCAAGUCGAACUUCGUCUUGCCAAGGAACGUUUUGAACUUGAUGUCGCAUGCUUUGAAGAAAGUAUUAAUUUAAAAAAUUCUCACACAGAUCGACUUGCAGAGCUUGCUGAAGCACAGCUCACCGAAAUGUAUGGUGAAAAAGAACGUCUUGUUUUUAAACGCGAAACCGACAAGGUCAACAUCUUGACUCUACAACAUGCCAGUGAAGGGAAGCGUAUUCAUCAUGCAAAUCGCAUUUCUAUUCGUCAAAUGCGCCUCAACCAUGAGCAAAUUUUGGCUGGUAGAAAGGGCCGUAAGUUGGAUGGAUCCCCUGGUGGCGUUGGUCCAAUUAUCAUUUCCAGCAACGUUGGAAGCAAGAAAAUGUCUCGCUCUGGAUCCAAUUCUUCGAUUGAUGCGUCUGGCUGUGAUAUGGCAAGUUUUGCUUCUGGAGGAUCUCCUGGUCGCACAAAUCUUGCACUCAACUCUGCAGUCGCCUUUGGAAGAAACAGUGGAUUCAGCAAUCAAAACUGUGAAGACGAAGAUGAGGAGGGUCCUGUUGGUGAAGCUCGUAAAAUGCUUUUACAGAGCAUUACUACACUUCAGCUUAAGCAGCGCGAUGAGAAGAAUGCACUUCUCAAUUUGCUCAAGCAGGAAAUGAACGACUGCACUCUUUCAAUAGAUGCGCGUGUGACUGAGUUGGACGAGCAGCAUCAAUUGGAGCUUGACAAACUGCGUUCUGAUCAUUCUGCAGAGGUUGACCAGAUGAUCUCCAUUCAAGAAAAAGAAAUACAGAUGGAACAGUCCGUUCACGAUGCUGAGAUGAAAAUGCUUGUUGAACGACGCAUUCUUAACAGUGUGCUUGAAACCGUUGUUGAUGGCAUCAUUAACAUUACUCCUACUGGUGUCAUUCGUCGUUUCAAUGCGGCUGCUGAGAAAAUGUUUGGGUACUCCUCCAUGGAGGUUAUUGGAAAAAAUAUAAAAAUCCUAAUGCCGCACAGAUAUUCUAGAGAUCAUGACCAAUAUCUUGUCAACUACCUUACCACCGGUAUCAAAAAGGUGAUUGGCAGUGGUCGCCACGUUCAUGGUUUGAAAAAAAAUGGUACCGAGUUCCAUUUACAAUUGUCCAUCUCCGAAGUCAAGGAGAAUGAUCAACAUCUUUUCACAGGAAUUGCUCGGGAUUUGACAGAAGAGAUCCGUUUGCAAGAAUUAUCUCGUGCCAAGGAUUUACAAAAGAAAGAUGAACUUGAAGCUCUUGUCACCCAGCUUGACAUUUCACGAAAAAAAGCAGAUGGCCUUCUUAGUCAAAUGCUUCCUCCCAGUGUUUCACACCAACUUCUCGAAGGAAAAACUGUUGAACCACAGUCAUUUGAAUCUGCUACUAUUUUUUUUCUUGAUGUUGUUGGAUUUACAACUCUUUGUUCUGGAGUUUCUCCUAUUGAAACGGUGUCCUUGCUCAACGCGAUAUACAAUACUUUUGACGAGGUGAUUGAGCAGUACGAUGCAUACAAGGUUGAAACUAUUGGAGACUCGUACAUGAUUGUAUCUGGUGUUCCUACCGCAAAUGGCACUCGCCACGCCGCUGAAAUUGCAUCUUUGGCUCUACAUAUUCUUUCCAAAGUGCAUACUUUCAAAUUUGAUCGUAACCCCGAGCUAAAACUUCGUGUUCGAAUUGGUAUAAACACUGGCCCAGUAGUUGCUGGUGUCGUUGGUUCAAAAAUGCCUCGCUACUGUCUUUUUGGAGAUACCGUCAAUACCGCAUCGCGCAUGGAGUCCAGUGGACAGCCAAUGAAGAUUCAAAUAAGUGAAAGUACUUACAGGGCUUUAACUGCUGUGGGUGGGUAUCGAAUUACUCCUCGUGGCGAGCAGGAUAUCAAGGGCAAGGGCAGAAUGAGUACAUAUUUCCUGACUGGAAAAAACGACUUUCCCUUUGAACUCCCACCUCAGUAGCUAAAAUAACUACAGCAGAUAAUGCCAUGCAUCAAUAACUGUUGGCUAAUAUGGACAAAUUUAGCGUAAAAAAGACUAUUUUUAUGAUGGUGGUUUGAUGUUUAGCGACAAU